UUAUUGUGUGCUGAUGUAAUUCAUAUUUAAGAGUUGCUCAAUAAAAAUAAAAUAAUCUAAAAAAAUCAUUAAAAAUUUUACUAAUAAAAGAUGUCAGAAGAGGAUGACCUAUUUAAUAAUUUCUUUGAUGAAUUCCAAUUCGAAGGAACUGCUCAAGCUGAAUCUUCGGUUGGAUUGGAGAACCAAGAAGAGAACUAUGUUAAUGACGAUCUUUUCAAUGUGGACAUCGAUCAGCUGCUUGAUUUGGGACCAUCAACAACCGAUAACAACAAUAUCUACGCAGAUUAUGAAGUGCAAUUGGAACCGAUUCCAACCUUCGAUAAUGAUGACGAAAAGCGGUUGCAGGAGGAACUAAAUUCUUUAAAUAUGACUUUAAAGGAACUAGAAUCAGAAACAGGCGCAGAAGCCGAGGCAGAGGUAGGAGCAGAAACAGAAGCAAGUGGGGCAAAUGUGGCAAAUGUGGCAAAUGAGUCGCCAAAAGCAGAUGAGGCAAUCGCAGUGUCUGACAAGCCAGAUAAAGUGAACCCAAAAGAAGACGAAGAUGAUGACAUCGAUGCUCGACUGGAGGAGGAACUGAAUUCGCUGCCCAUGGUGGAACCAGAGCCGGAAGCCGAGCCCGAAGUGAAGCCGCAAACGUUGCCAACACAUCCAACUCCACAAACUCCUUCACAACUUCCUUCACAGCCUCCUUCACAACUUCCUUCACAACUCCCUUUGCAACUUCCUUCUCAAGUUCCUCCACAGCCGUCUCUUGUGCUGCCACCUCAGGGAGUCUUCUACAAGCUGCCUCAAGGUGUGGCGCCCGGACAGAGACUCCCUCUCAAUGCGAACUUGGCAAUGCAACUGAAGCUGCAGCAGCAGGGCAAGAUACCUCAGUUGCCCCCUGGAGCAGUGCGUCCCUAUCGCUUGGUGCUCAAGAAUCCCCCACAGGGAAUUUCUGUGCCACGAAUGCCUGGUGCACAACCCAUAAGAAUGGCAUUGAACAAGUCCACGGUGGACAUGUUGAAGGCGCAGGGCAAGUUCAUAGCGAUGCCCACGCAGUUGCGCUGUGCUGCUCCAACUCAACUCCAGAGACCCCAAUUGAAUCAAUUGAGGAUGCAGCUGCCGAAUCAAAUGCGUCCGCUGGCGACGCGUCCCGAUGCAGCCACGUUGCAUGCGCCGCUCGUGGAAGAUGAUGAAGUGGACUUUGAGGAGAUUGGCGUGGCAGACACUUAUUCUUCUUAUUGGCCUAGCAAGUUGAAAGGCGGCUCGAAGCAUCCCGAUCCCGUGGUGGAGACUGCGACGCUCUCCUCCGUCGAGCUGCCCGAUAUCACCUACGAACUGGGUCUGCCCGACAAGAUGAAGAACUCGCAUCGUCUGAGCGCUCUCCAACUGGAGGCAGUGACCUAUGCCUGCCAGGCACAUGAGCAGAUGCUGCCGAGUGGCGAACGCGCUGGCUUCUUGCUCGGCGAUGGCGCAGGAGUGGGCAAAGGACGUACCAUUGCGGCCAUUAUCUAUGAGAACUAUGUCAGGGGCCGAAAGCGUGCUUUGUGGAUAUCGGUGUCGAAUGAUCUGAAGUUCGAUGCGGAGCGAGAUCUGCUGGACAUUGGCGCAAGCAAGCACCUAAAGGUUGCCUCGAUGAGCAAGUUCAAGUACUGCAAAAUCAAUUCGGGUGAGAAUGAAUACUUCAAGAAGGGCGUCAUCUUUUGCACCUACACCGCAUUGAUUGGCGAAUCGGCGAAUGCGAAUCCCAAGUACAGCACACGCCUCAGGCAGCUGACCAACUGGAUGGGCGGCGACUUUGAAGGAGUGAUUGUGUUCGACGAGUGUCACAAGGCCAAGAAUCUGUGUCUCAUGAAUGCGGGCAAGUCCACAAAGACCGGAACCACAGUGCUGGAGCUUCAGCAGCUGCUCCCCAUGGCUAGAGUUGUUUAUGCCUCGGCCACAGGCGCCUCGGAGCCACGGAAUAUGGCUUAUAUGGUGCGGUUGGGUCUCUGGGGUCCGGGUACCUCGUAUUCGGACUUUUUCAAGUUUGUGAAUACGGUGGAGAAACGCGGCAUUGGCGCCAUGGAAAUCGUGGCCAUGGACAUGAAGCUGCGGGGUUCGUACAUUGCCCGGCAGCUGAGCUUCAAGGAUGUCACCUUUCGCAUUGAGGAGGUGCCGAUGUCACGGGAGUUCAUUAAGCUCUACAAUCACUCCGCUGAACUCUGGGCGGAGAUCAAUGAGAAGUUCGUCAAGGCGUGUCGCCUGAUGUGCAUCGAGAAUCGUGUACAGAAGAUUAUCACCUGUCAAUUUUGGUCUGCGCAUCAGCGCUUCUUCAAGAAUCUCUGCAUUGCCUCGAAGGUUAAUCAGGUGGUCAAGAUGGUGAGGGAGGCAGCUCAACAAGGCAAAGCUGUCGUCAUUGGCUUGCAAUCGACGGGAGAAUCGAGAACUCUUGAGCACCUGGAGAUGUAUCAAGGCGAACUGACAAACUUUGUGUCCACCUCGAAGAUGAUUGUGCAGUCCUUUGUCGAGAAGUAUUUCCCAGCACCCACCCGUGAAUCCCUUUACAAGUUGCUGAGCACUGGCACCUUUGUUCCCGAAUCGCGUAACAAAUCCGCGUGGAGUGCGAAGCGAGCUCGGCUUUUACACGAUUGGUCCGACGAUGACAUGUACGAUGACAGCGAUGUAGAUUUAUGGAACGACGAUGAAGACGAGGAUCGCAUGAAGUUGGGACGCAAGCGUCGUGGACGUCCUCCCAAAGCGGAUAAAGUGGAGAAGCUGACGAUGCAGGAGCGCAUUCUGCAGCAUUUGUGCAAGAACAUGAAUGCACGCAGCUCAUCCGACUACGAGCACGAUCGGUCCCUUGCCUCCAAGAUUACCCAACGUGACGUGGAACGUUGUGUCACAGUGCGAGAGCGUCUCCUGGACAAGAUCGAGCAUCUGGGACGGCGCAUGCCACCGAACACGCUGGACAAGAUCAUCUCGCUGCUGGGCACUAAUGUUGUGGCCGAGAUGACGGGUCGUCGAGGGCGUGUCAUUCAAACGGAUGAGAACACCUACAAGUAUGAACAGCGUGGCGAAGCGGAGACCACAAUGGAUCUGGUCAACUACAUGGAGAAGCAACGCUUCAUGGAGGACUCGAAGCAUGUGGCCAUCAUCUCGGAGGCAGCCUCAAGUGGCAUCUCACUGCAAAGCGAUCGUCGGCUUGCCAUCCAGCGACGUCGCUUGCACAUCACUCUGGAGUUGCCGUGGAGUGCUGAUCGCGCUAUACAACAAUUUGGACGCACUCAUCGCUCGAAUCAAUCCAAUGCACCGGAGUAUGUGUUCCUCAUCUCGGAUCUGGGCGGAGAGAAUCGCUUUGCUGCCACGGUGGCCAAGCGACUGGAGAGUUUGGGUGCCUUAACCCAAGGCGAUCGUCGUGCAACCGAUGCCCGAGAUCUCUCCAAGUUUAACAUUGACAACAACAUUGGACGCAAAGCUUUGGAGAGUGUGCUGCAACAGAUCGCAGGCGAGAAACCGCUGGAGACUGUCCAUGUGCCGAAGAACUACAAAGGUGACUUCAGCUUCGACUGCUGUGUGGCAUUGUCGGGUGUGGGCUUACUUAGUGUGACGGAGGGACCGAAGGGCGAACAGGUGUUUGUCAUCGAGAAGGAGAGCAGCAACAUUCCCAAGUUCCUCAAUCGCAUCCUCGGCUGUCGCGUCGAAGUGCAGAAUGCGCUGUUCAAGUUCUUCCUGAACAAAAUGUACUCGCUGAUCCUGCAGAUGAAGCGUUCGGGACACUUCGACUUGGGCAUCCUCGACUUGGAUGCGCAUGGCGCAAUUGUGACGGUGGUGAAGCAGAUUCGCUUCACUAGACCACAUGCCACGGGCACAGCGGCCACCGAGUUGCACACAAUGCAGGUGGUGCGUGGCAUGUCCUUCGAACAAGCGGUCGCCAAGUUCAACAAGGAAGCACGCCAUGAGCACGAAGGUUUCUACAUCUUUAAGCAGGAGCGCAACAACAACAACUGCGCCAUUCUCUGCCUGGACACGCAGUCCGAUGCCAGUGAAUCCAUCAGCGACCCGACCAAGAUAAACUUCAAGAUCUACAGACCCAAUACAGGUCCCCAAGUGCGCACCGAAACCCUUGAUUCGGUGACCAAUCGUUAUGUCAAAGCUCAACCGGAGGCAGUGAAGCAAUUCUGGGAUCUGCAGUUCAAUCAAUGUUUGCGCAUGUGUUCGCACAUCUAUUGGAAUCGUCGCUGUCCGUUUGGCAACAAGUGUGCCGUGGGCAUCAGAAUGCGCAUCUAUCAUGUGCUCUCGGGUCUCAUGUUGCCCAUCUGGGAUCGCAUUGCGUUGAUCAUCGAGAAGAAUGGCCGAAAGAUUCAAAUGGUGCGUGUAAAGACUGUGGACAAUCGCAAGAUUGUGGGCACUGUGGUGCCCGAGGGUGUCUAUCAACAGCUGGUUGCGGAUCUAUCCGAGGACUCGAUCGUAGAGAGCAAGGACUUUAGUCCGAACAAGGAAUAAGCGAGGGAAUGUCAG